CGUUCAUCCGGGUGACGACAAAGGGAGUGGCGAGAGUGGAAUCUACCAACUGCCACGAGCUCGGAAGUUCAUUUCUGGCAGUGACUUCGCGAGGAGUUUCAACUCUUUAAUUCAGUUGCGGAAUUAAAGAAUGGAGAAAACCUCUGCCUCCUGUCACUCGACUGAAUGGAGCAGAGUUGAUACCAUGAAGCCAGCCCCCAGAGAGGAGAACAGCGGGACAUUCCAACGGGAGGUUGAAGGCGGUAUGGAAUCUGUUUCCGUUCGUUCAUGUCUGCUUUAGACUCCAGAAGUUUCUGUUGAUGAAAUGAGACUCCAGGGAAGCAGGUCUGCGUUGAUUCAGAUUCAACUGUUUUCCAACAGCGACGGGACGUACAAACAUCUGCAGAGGACGUCUUUGCUGGAAGCAGAACAAUGGCGGACAUAUCUACGUUCCCUCAGUGCAAUGGGAUUACUGGGUCCAAGUACCAGGAGUGGGUGUCAAAUACAGUCUGCAACACAAGACACCAGACCUUCCGGCUAAACGGUGCAGACACUGCAACACUCACCGUGGGGGUUCUGGAGGACACCAAGUGCAGCCCUGCAGACUUGAACGCGUGGGGGAAGUUCUUCCUGCCCGUCACAGUUCAAAUGCAGGUGGUGGGUUACGUGGAGGGCACCCCGUACCCUUGUGACCAGCUCGUCCUGAUGACCUGUGAGGACAAGAAGUUCUACGGCUAUGACGGAGAUGAGCUGCACCUAGUGGCCUCAAGUCUGGAGGACCUGUGCAGAGAGGGGAUAGACUACCCUGCUUCCAAAAGCUUUUACAGAGGGGAGGCCUUUAAAGAGACGCCCACCGAGGAGUGGGAGGAGCUGAUGAAGAGCCCUGUCGGGAAGAAGCUGGACCAAGAGCAUCACCAGCUGGUAUCAAAACACAAAGACAGUUUCCUGAAAAACCUGCGGAUCGGUGCAGAGAAGCGAAGGUGUCACCAGCAGCACGGCCCCCACCUUUCAGACGGCAUGCUCAGACAGUUGCAGAACAGCGGAGCCUGAUGGCGGCCAGAUUGAAACUGAACUGCACGCACGCUGCUGUCUGGACAAAUCUGAAAGAUUGUGGAUUUUUCAGAUUUCUUCUCCUAAACUGCAGUCAAUUGCACUCUGAUUCUCCUCCCCCAUUUACCCUAAGAUUGUAGUAAUUAAAAAAACACCCUUAGAUUGAUCUGCCGAAUCAGGAGACUAAUAAUGAAAACAUUAGAAAAUAAAAGCAAUUUAGCUGAAUCCCAAAACAGAUUCAAAAAUGUAUAAGAAAUAUAAAUUCAGAGUUCCAAUCUAAAAGUGUGAGGAGAAGCAUCAGGCGAGGGGGAGAACGGUGCAGACUGCAGAUGUGCAAAGUGAACCGUCUGCAGCUGUGGAGAGUGGAGCAAGACGAGUUCAGCAAUGCAUGCUGGGAUACCUCAGCUGGCGCACAGGAGCACGAACGUCCGAGCAGCUGUGCAGCUGAAAUGCAGCUUUGAAAUAUAAAACGUGAUCCAAAGAAGUGAAAGAUAAGGUGACUUAUUUUUACUAUAAAUGUAACUUUGUUAAUUUCUGUCAUCAGUCAUUGUUUACAUCAGUGCCCCAGGGGUCUGCAACCUUAAAGACUUAAAAAGCCACUUAGGUCUAUUUCUUAUUGACCACAACCCCAUCAUCUUAUUUCAUCCCUUUGAAAAUGCAUGAAGAGACACUGAUUUGCUUUUAUGGUGGUACUACUUUGAUAAAUAUAAAUUCAGUUUUCUUCUUUUGCUUCAACAAAACUUAAACAUAGACUUUUGUUCCAUAACCUGAAAUAGUUUGUAGCUGUUGAGAAAGGUCAACAUGACUUCAUCAUCUCAAUAUAGCAAAUGUAGUAGGUACUGUUAGUGCGUGUAGUAAUUAAAACUCCAGUUUCUUUCAACCUGUGGUGCAGCAGAACCGGAAAUUCGUAAAUGAAAAUAACUAAAAUUAAAUUGGAGCUUUAAUAAGAUUGGACCUUUCUGACUUUUUUUUUUUCUUGGCUGCAUAUAGUCCAAAAAAUAGAAUGCUUUUCAAAAUAAAAAUAUUCUUUUUAACCAGA